GUCUGUUCAUUAUUGAGAUUGAAACUAAUGAAAUAUUUUGUGAAAUAAUUAAUUAUAAAUAUUGCAUCUUUCCAAAUUUUAUUAAAUUUAAUUUAAUGAACAAUUAGUACGAAUUUGUGACAUAGAAGUUCAAGUUGUAAUAAUACAAAACUAUUUCCAAAUAUUGGUAAAUUUGAUGUUGUUGUGGCAUAGAAAUUAGGAUCUAUUGUCAAACUGUCAUCAAUCGUCCCUGAAGCCGUCUGGAUGAUUGUGACCUGUGAUUUGUGAUGAUCUAAAUAAUUCAAUUUUAUUAGCAUAAUCUAAAUAUGUAUUGAACAUUUUGUGUUUAGCAUGUUGAAAUAACAGAAAACAAUAUAGAGUACUAUUAAUUUGGUGUUAUUAUGUUACGCCGCAUGUUUAUUUAGUGCCAACUAAUUGGGAAGUAUCGAUUUUCGUAGUGAUUGUAUAAUUUCGGGUAUUUGUUCAGACAACAAUGGACGUUGACGAUUCGGCGGUCGACCUGAGUGUGAGCAGGUCCUUGCCACCGGAAUUGAGCGAGUUAAGAGCCCUUACAGCAAGUGGCCUUACCAUAACUCCUGCCCAACCACCUCCACAUGGUGCUAGUGGUAAGCGGGUGCUUCGCCCCCGCUCAGAAACACGUAGUUACGCGGAGAGUCCCGAUAUUGUGUUGCUACCAGCCGUGCCUCCGCAUAGAAAGCCUACAUUAGCACCACCUACCCCUGCACCUUUUACAGAUGUGAGCAGCAAGCUAAACUCGACACCAGUCAACGUGUCUAUAACAGCGAGUGCUGUACCACCACCCAUAGAGUCACCAAGGGAUCCCAGAGACGAUGAAGAAUCGGAGGAGGAAAACGAACCUCCGCUACCUAUCGCGGGGCAUAGAGAAUUAUCAAGCGCCGAAAUAUGGGAGCGCGAUCGUCGUCUGCGCGCGUUGAGAGAGAAAUUGCGUGCCGAAGAAACUAGACUUGUGCUGUUGAGGAAGCUGAGGCAAUCGCAACAGGCAACCAGUUUGCCACCUGUUAAGGAAUCAUCAACGGGAACAGCGUUGGCUGGCAGUGGUUGUGUGGUGCCACCGGGAGUGACUGUGACCCCAGCACCACCCCCCGCACACCAGCAGGGCAAGCGCGCAAACAACAACAACAACACAGCAAGCAGCACAAGCGCAGUAAGCAAUGUGUCCCGGAGGACCUCCAGCUUGCCGGGUGGGGCCACACUCACACCCGGCCCGUACCGCACUCAGUCGUCAACGAGUGGCGGUGCAAGUAUUACCCCGUCUGUUACGAUCACACCGGCACCGCCGCCGGCCUCACAACUUGCUGCUCCUAAGCCUGCACAGGACAACUCUUCAGUGACAAGUAGCACAAGUGAUGCAGCGAGUCGCAGUUCGGAGGACACGCAGACGCCGGCGCAACGUCAAGCGGCCGCCAAGUUGGCGCUUAGAAAACAACUAGAGAAGACACUAUUGCAGAUCCCCCCACCAAAACCGCCCCCGCCAGAGAUGAACUUCAUCCCGUCGCCUAGCAAUACGGACUUUGUGUAUUUGGUGGGUCUCGAGCAUGUGGUCGACUACCUUACUAAUGAAGAUCGGUUCCCGCGCUCGUCGGUGCCGGCGGUGUGCGCGCAGUGCGGCUGCGACUUCACGCCGGUGUGGCGCUGGGAGCGCGCGCCGGCGCGGCGGCAGGACGCCACCUUCGCGCCCGCGCCGCACCACGCGCGCCGUCUGUGCGAGCUCUGCGUCUCGGGCAACGUCAAGCGCGCGCUCAAGGCGGAGCACACAGCGCGACUCAAAACAGCGUUCGUACGGGCUCUCCAACAGGAGCAAGAGAUAGAGCGACGUCUGGCGGCCCCGUCCGCGUCCCCGCCGCCCGCCCCGCCCGCACCUCCCCCAGCGCAUUCACACUCGCAUUCCGCGCGCGGCUCGCAGUCGUCUCUAUCCCGUCUGUCCCGCGGCUCGGGCGCUCCAACACCGCCCGCUGCGUCCGCGCCGCCGCCUAAACCUUCGCCGCAACCUAACAGUCGUAGUUCGUCCGAGUCGUUGCGCGGCCACCACAGUGACCGUGCGCGUGAAUCAGACGUGCCCGCCAAGAAAGGUAAAGCUUCAUCGUCGAGUAGCAACAGCCAAGGAGGCAGUAGCAGUAGCAAACAACACCAGCAAUUGGCAGCGGCCGCCGCGGCGCAAAUGGCAUUUGAACAACACAGCGCUGCCGCCAUGCAGGCUUUGCAGCAUCAACUGUUGAGAGGUCUAAGUGGUGCAGGCGGUGUGGGCGGUGUCGGCGGUGUGGGCGGCGGUGGGGGAGUGUCCCCAGCAGCAGCCGCAGCAGCCAUGAUGCAGUUCUCUCCCCUACUGUACACUUAUCAGCUGGCUAUGGCGCAGGCUAGUGCGCUCAAGCGAUCCGGCAAGGGCAACAGCAGCAGCGCGGCGAUGGCGGCCGAGAUGCAGCGCGUGGCGGACGCGCAGCGCCAGUACCUGCUCGAUAUGAUACCGGGACAGCAUGCACGCAACCCCUGGACUAAGAACUGAGAUCCAUCGAUACUUCGUGAAGCAUUUGAGUAGAAUUCGAUCUUUUAUUUUAUAAUUAAAGCUAGAUAGUUGUCGCUUAGAUAAGCGUAGAUUAGAUACUAAGUAAUGUGUUGUGGGUAAAGGGAGUUACAUAAGGGUUAUAUGACGCGGUCUACACGAGUUGUUUUAAUUAAUUUUAAAAUUAUUUUUGAUAAAUAAUUCUCAUUUUUAAUGUAAUUAUAUGUGCUAGCUUUUGAUGGGAGUCUAUGAGACGAUUUUUCCCGCCUAUUUUGACUUAUGUUGAUUCUUCAUUCUUUUUUACUGUAGCGUAAAUGUUAGUAUAGCUUAUGGACUUUGAAACGAAUAAAUAGUUCUUGAGAUGCGUUCAGACGAAUAAAUUAUUCUACUAUAAAUAAUUUUGAACAUCAUGUAUGUCAAACUAAUUUUACAUUCAAAUUAGAUGUUUUUAUGAUCGCUUAUGAAAUAUCUUUUGAUUUUAUAUAAACCUUAAGUUGCAAAACGCAUUUAAAGUAAAUUAAAGCAUUUACAAAAAAAGUUUCCAAACGCAAUAAAAUGGAUUGAUUGAAUUUUUUUUCGAUAUAUUAUGUUUUUAAUGUCGCAUUGUUAAUUUUAGUUUUAAAUUCUUAAAAAAAAACUAAUAAAUUAAUGUAAUGAAACAAAAAAUUAAAUAUAAAUUAAAUGCUAACGCUUUAAAAUAUAUUUUAUGCUAAAUAAAGCUCGUGUAGAUAUCGCUAAAGAUUGUUUGUGCUACAAACGCAAUCGUUGGCACAAGUCAAAUACGUAAAAUAAAUAAAUAAUAUGUAAGUAAGAAUUAUCACAGACAUUGACGGCGUGAAUAAUGUACUUUGUCAUUUUUUAUGUGGAUUUUAAAUAAAUAAUUACAUGCAAAA